UCAAUUCAAUCAAUCCCCGACGCCCUCGCGAGACACACUCUGUUCGCACGACCCCGCCAGUCGACAUGCCGUUAACCGUGUUGGUCCCCACGCGUUCCCCGUGAAUUCAAACUGACAGACAGACAGUCAACUGCCGGACAGACAAACACGGCCGUAUCAAUUGGUUUCACCUCGCAAACGGCACUCGGAGCACUAUGAAGAUUUUUGAUCCAUACAAGUUGUUCAAUUAUCUCAUUCCACAGCUGAUCGUCUUUCUUGGUGUUGUCAACUUACAACUGAGAAGUGCGAAUGGCUUGGAGUUCAGAGACAUCCUUCCGGAAGACCCUAAACUCUACGACAAGAUGAGGCCUCCGAAAAAAGACGGAAUGCCGACCACGGUUUAUUUCCACGUAACGGUUAUGGGCUUAGAUUCUAUUGACGAAAACGCUAUGACUUACGCUGCAGACAUAUUUUUCGCUCAAACCUGGAAAGAUCACAGACUUCGUCUUCCAGAAAAUAUGACAUCCGAGUACAGAUUGCUGGAAGUCGAUUGGCUAAAAAACAUUUGGAGACCGGAUUCUUUUUUCAAAAACGCCAAAGCCGUGACUUUUCAAACCAUGACUAUUCCCAACCAUUACAUGUGGCUCUACAAGGACAAAACUAUUCUGUACAUGGUCAAAUUAACUCUAACGUUGUCUUGCGCCAUGAACUUUAUGAUCUACCCUCACGACACUCAGGAAUGCAAAUUACAAAUGGAAAGCCUCUCUCACACCACUACCGAUAUGGUAUUCCAGUGGGACCCUCAAAUACCAUUGGUAGUCGCCGAAAACAUUGAGUUACCUCAAUUGCAAUUAGUAAAAAAUCAAACGGCGGAUUGCACUCAAGUAUACUCUACCGGAAAUUUCACUUGUCUGGAAGUGGUGUUCGUUUUGAAACGCAGGCUCGGUUAUUAUUUGUUUCACACUUACAUCCCAACAUGUCUUAUCGUCAUCAUGUCGUGGGUCUCAUUUUGGAUCAAACCCGAGGCUGCUCCUGCCCGUGUCACCCUUGGCGUCACAUCUUUAUUGACUCUAUCCACUCAACACGCAAAGUCUCAGGCCUCUUUACCUCCGGUUUCUUAUUUAAAGGCCGUCGACACGUUUAUGUCCGCAUGCACCGUAUUUGUGUUCAUGGCACUCAUGGAAUAUUGUCUUGUCAACAUAGUUCUCGGCGACGCUGACAUCCCGCCUAAAACUUUUUCAAAGAAAUCGUUCGAUUUUAGUUUCCGAAGUAGCAUCAAACCGAUUGACGGCCAUUCCAUCCCACCGCCUCCUCGUCCGCCACCACAAGCCACAGCAGCCGCAGCUGCAGCUUCAACGGCCAUUGCUCAAAGAAACCGCGCCAGAGCUUUGCAAAUCGACCGUUUCUCCAGAGUUUUCUUCCCACUGUUGUUCGCCAUACUCAACAUGACUUACUGGAUAAUAUUCGCUCGGUUUUUGUAAACGAUCACCUAUCCAACGACCACGAGCUAGUUCAAAUUAGAUUUGUUCAUAUCACAACAAUAGUUAUAAAGUAUUACAAAAAGGUGUUUCACCGAGGGCUACUCUUUGCUACUUCUUCAGGGCGAUAGACAAUUUAUUUUGAAUAAUAAUUCCUCAUGUCGCUGCCUGCACAAGCUUACUUUCAACUAAUAAUUUAUUUUUCAGUCAAACCGCUUCGUUUCAAAUAAUUAAAUUUUUCCUCUCUUCUUUCAACAGGCUCAAACCACCUUAAUCUAUCUUCUAUCUUCUUAAUUUAUUCUAUCUAACUUAUGGCACUCUAUGGAUACAUUCGACUCUAUGUUCUCAUUUCAGUUGCUUCCUUCUUGCUUUCGACUUUCUUAAUUUUUUUCUGCUGGCCUCAUUACCUGUGAACCGUUUCUUUUAAUUAUGCAUAACAUCUUUCUGAUAAUUAUUUGCCUAAUUCGACCAUACUUUAUUGUAUUUUCGAAAAACGGUACUUACCUAAGGAAGUAAUACAAUGAGUAAGCCCUCGCAAAACACUUAACGUGCAUUAACUAAACAGACAACUGAAUUUCUCUGAGAAAAUUUUUAGUAACCAUAUAGGCAUAGUAUAAGUGUGCGUAAUAAUAGUUGGUACUUAGCAUACACCUAAAUGAACAGAUAUUACAUUAAAAAAAAAAUAAAACUUAACGCACGACUACUAAAAUAAUUUUAAGCCUUUACUGACACUGCGAUUGUUCACAAAAUAUAAAUUUGAACUCAAAAACACAAUUAGAAAAUAUUUUAUACACAAAUGACUAUCACGGUACCUACGGGGUACACACAUUAUAACCGCUAGACAUUAUACAUUUCACUCAAGGCUUUUGUAAUGUACUUGUAGUAUCCAAAGCAGCAAAAGCAAAUUAAUAUUUUAGAAAGGAGAGUUUUAAUUCUAAUUAAGGGAAUUGUGAUGAUUUGUGAUCAGUUUGCAUUUGUGCUAAAAGUUAUCAAAAUGUCGCUUGACAUAAAAACAUACCUAUAUAUUAUUCGUUUAAAAUAUUCAAAUGCAAUUAUAUUUAAUUAUUUAAAUACUUAAUAAAUAUAGUAAAUUGAUUCGUACAAUUGGUACAACGCUGAGUGACGCGUUUUAGUUUCUGCACUGGUAUGUUUCAAAAUAGAAUAGCGUAAUAAUUGAUUUGUAAUUUAUGAGUGAUUAAACAAUUUUCAAAAAAAAAAUCGAAAUUGUUAAGAAGACUCUUAGAGUUAAAAUAUUAUAUACACCCUUUUAUAGUUAAUUAGAAUGAUUAAAAAUUAAGCAAUAUAUUGCGAAAUUUAUCUUAAAAGUAUUUUACAUCAUUAUUAAAAUUAUGAAACUAGCGUAGCAUUUCUAGUAUAUUAUAUUAUACACCGUAAAAUUAAUUUACAAUAAGAUAUCUUAUGAAAUAUUCAAGUAUUAGAUGAAUAAGAAAACGGCACUAAGCCUACUAUGUUUUAUUAUAUUACGUACAUGGAUAAUGUUCACAUACACUUAAGUAUCUAU